GCGCUGCGGCGGCCGCGGCGGCUCCCGGGCUGUCGCGGGCCGAAGCGGUUGGGCUGGCGGCUGGCGCUCGUGACUAUGGAGUGGAGUGCGGAGUCGGGGGCCGUGAGGCGGCACCGCAUCGGAGGGGAACGCCGGGACGGUCCGGCGGCCGCGCCGCAACCGGAGAGGGAGGCCCCGGCGCAGGAGCCCCUGGCGGACGCGUGCGGCUGCGCCGCGAGGACGCGGAAGCGGAGCGCGGAGGGGAGCGGCGGCGCGAGCCGGGGAGCGAGGACCGGACUGUCUGAGGCGCGCGCCGCGCUGGGGCUGGCGCUCUACUUGCUCGCGCUGCGGGCGCUCGUGCAGCUGUCGCUGCAGCAGCUCGUGCUGCGCGGGACCGCUGGCCACCACGGGGAGUUCGACGCGCGCCGAGCCAGGGAUUAUCUUGAACACAUAACAUCCAUUGGCCCCAGGACUACAGGGAGUCCAGAAAAUGAAAUUCUGACGGUGCAUUACCUUUUGGAACAGAUUAAACUAAUUGAAGUUCAAAGCAACAGCCUUCACAAGAUUUCAGUCAACGUACAGAGGCCCACAGGCUCCUUUAGCAUUGACUUCUUGGGAGGGUUUACAAGCUAUUAUGACAACAUCACCAACGUUGCGGUAAAGCUGGAACCCAGAGAUGGAGCCCAGCAUGCUGUCCUGGCUAACUGUCAUUUUGACUCAGUGGCGAACUCACCAGGUGCCAGUGAUGAUGCAGUUAGCUGUUCCGUGUUGCUGGAAGUCCUUCGUGUCUUGUCCACGUCUUCAGAAGCCUUACAUCACGCCAUCAUAUUUCUCUUCAAUGGUGCUGAGGAAAACGUCUUGCAAGCCAGUCAUGGUUUUAUUACCCAGCACCCCUGGGCCAGCUUGAUUCGUGCAUUUAUUAACCUGGAGGCAGCGGGUGUAGGAGGGAAAGAACUUGUAUUCCAAACAGGACCUGAAAAUCCUUGGUUGGUCCAAGCUUACGUUUCAGCAGCUAAACACCCAUUUGCUUCUGUGGUGGCUCAGGAGGUUUUCCAGAGUGGGAUCAUUCCCUCAGAUACGGACUUCCGCAUCUACAGGGACUUUGGGAACAUUCCAGGAAUAGACUUAGCUUUUAUUGAGAAUGGAUACAUUUAUCACACCAAGUAUGACACAGCGGACAGAAUCCUAACAGACUCCAUUCAGAGAGCAGGUGACAACAUUUUAGCAGUUCUUAAAUAUCUAUCCACGUCUGAUAUGUUGGCUGCUGCUUCUGAGUAUCAACAUGGAAACAUGGUCUUCUUUGAUGUGCUUGGCCUGUUUGUCAUCGCCUACCCUUAUCGUGUUGGCUUGAUCAUUAACUACAUGGUGAUAACGGCUGUUGCUUUAUACCUGGGAAGGAAAUUGUUGCAGCCCAAACAUAAGUCUGCAACCUACACAAAGGACUUCUUCUGUGGCCUUGGCAUCACUCUGAUAAGCUGGUUCACUAGCUUGGUCACUGUGCUCAUUAUAGCAGUGUUCAUCUCUCUUAUUGGACAGUCUCUCUCAUGGUAUAACCACUUCUAUGUCUCCGUUUGUCUGUAUGGAACUGCUGCUGUAACCAAAAUAAUAUUCAUACAUACCCUCGCAAAAAGAUUUUAUUACGUGAAUGCCAGUGACCAGUAUCUGGGAGAAGUGUUUUUUGAUGUCUCGCUGUUCGUGCACUGUGGGUUCCUCACCGUUCUCACUUACCAAGGGCUCUGCUCGGCAUUUAUUAGCGCCAUCUGGGUGGUGUUUCCAUUGCUCACAAAGCUUUGCGUGCACAAGGACUUUAAGCGGCAUGGUGCUGGAGGAAAAUUUAUUGCCUUCUACCUUUUGGGGAUGUUUAUUCCUUACCUAUACGCAUUGUACCUCAUCUGGGCUGUAUUUGAGAUGUUUACCCCUAUCCUCGGGAGGAGUGGUUCUGAAAUUCCACCUGAUGUUGUGCUGGCUUCUAUUUUGGCUGGUUGUACAAUGACUCUCUCAUCCUAUUUUAUUAACUUCAUCUACCUUGCCAAAAGCACAAAAAGAACCAUGCUAACUUUAACUUUGGUAUGUACAAUUACAUUCCUCCUCGUCUGCAGUGGAACUUUUUUCCCAUACAGCUCCAACCCUGCCAGUCCAAAGCCAAAGAGAGUGUUUCUUCAGCAUAUGACUAGAACAUUUCAUGACUUGGAGGGAAACGUAGUUAAACGGGACUCUGGAAUAUGGAUUAACGCGUUUGAUUAUACCGGGAUGUCUCACGUAACACCUCACAUCCCCGAGAUCAACGACACCAUCCGUGCUCACUGUGAGGAGAACGCGCCCCUCUGUGGUUUCCCUUGGUAUCUUCCAGUGCAUUUCCUGAUCAGGAAAAACUGGUAUCUUCCUGCCCCAGAAGUUUCUCCUCGAGAUCCUGCUCAUUUCAGACUUGUAUCCAAAGAACAGACACCCUGGGAUUCUAUAAAGCUGACCUUUGAAGCAACAGGACCAAGCCAUAUGUCGUUCUAUGUUCGAACCCACAAAGGGUCCACACUUUCUCAGUGGUCUCUUGGCAAUGGCACCCCAGUCACAAGUAAAGGAGGGGACUACUUUGUAUUUUAUUCCCAUGGACUCCAGGCCUCUGCAUGGCAGUUCUGGAUAGAAGUACAGGUCUUGGAAGAACAGCCAGAAGGAAUGGUCACUGUGGCCAUUGCUGCCCACUAUUUUUCUGGGGAAGACAAGAGAUCCUCCCAGCUGGAUGCUCUGAAAGAGAAGUUCCCAGAUUGGACAUUUCCCUCUGCCUGGGUGUGCACCUACAAUCUCUUUGUGUUUUAAUCCUGUGGAUGAGCUCUAAGUACACGCCCAAUUGGAUACUCCAUGUGGCACGGUUUCUCCUUACGGAUGUUUGUGCGUAAGUCAGUGAAUUUUAAUGAGCAUGUGUUCAAAGAGCUUUGUGGAUGAACACUCUUCAGGGCUAAGCACUACCGUGGUUGCACUGUGGGGUGGUGUGCAUGGCCUGUUUGGCACCUGAAAAUACCAGUUUUCUGGCACUUAAAAGCACAUGUGGGUAUGGCCACUACACACAUUUUAUAUGACCUUAAGGACAAAAGCCAACAGACCACUUUAAUAGUCAUCCUCUUAAGAUCAUGAAAGAUGUAGAAGGUACUAUGAAUCCACUGUUAAUGAUACAAAUGACAGUUCUAACCAAAGCCCAAGACCGUUUGUCGCGUCAGGGACAGUAGGUAGAAUACCCAUGGAGGUAAUGAUUCCCCUUGAGACCUACCAGCUCUGUAGGGCAUUAGAAAGCGACUGUGCUAAGGACAGGAAGAACCCCCGGGCCUGUGCUGAGAGCUUUGCUGCUGCAGGCAGCGUCUGGAGUGUGCUUUGCAUCUCUGAAGCCCUGGUCCCAGUGUGUAACCUGCGUUGGGUUGGUGACUCCUGUUUUGACAAGUGGUCACUGAGAUCCACUACUGCAAUGCUUAUCCGAGGUUGCUUUCAAAGCCUGUUCCCCUUUCCACACGUUCCACCUUGAGAAAAGGACCAUUUGUCUAGUUACCUUUUCCUCUGGAGCUUCAGUGUCUUUUGGUUUAGACUGUUGUUUUUGCAAGUUUUAUGACCUUAACUUCUUUCCUCAGAGCACUGAGUUGCCAUGGUGGCUUAUUCUGAGAUGGGAGAAGAGAAGGGCAUGGAGUGGCCAGGCAUUUUAUAUUUAUUCUCUUCAUUUUGUAGCAGUCUUCUGUUGUCCAAAGUUAAUCCUUUAGGGCAUAAUUUAAUUGAUGAACUGGGUCCUUAUUUUUGUCUGUGUUCCAGCUAGUUGAACUUCAGUUUCUCAGUAACUUCCUAUGUCCAGUAGAGUUUGCUUUCCUGAGACUUGAGGCUGUGGCUUGUACUGGAAUGUACUCCUGUAACUGUCCUUUAAGUUGUUGGUGUUCAAAGCCUGCAUGAUGGCAGCCCUGGGAUCUGGAGGUGCUUUUCAUGCUGAAGAAGAUGGCAGUGUAGCAUAGCAGUGCCUCUCAUGGCUUCUUGGCUUGAGCAGUGGUAAAUUCUGCUAGCUUUUUUCCAUUGAAAAUGUAAAAAGUUGGGGGGACAAAUUUUGAGUUUAGCAAGUAUAGGCCCACCCCCAAAACAUACUAAAGAAAAGCUAUAGUAAAACAAAACAGAAGUGGGCACAUCCAAGUGCCACUCGGAUCUGCCCAAGCAGAAAGAGCAUAGUAAGUGUGCGUCGUAGAAGAAAAUACUUCUUAAAGUGCGAUGUAUCCAGUACGCUCUCUUAAUCAUGCUCAAGUUGCCUGCCUAAUUUACAACUUAAAAAUUGACUGGACCCACAGACAGCAGGGCUGCAGCCACAGCUGAAUAACAUAUGAGCUGUCACAUGCAUGGACAGUGUAGGAACCAUAUGCAGUUGAAACUCUGUGCAUAACUUUACAGUCGGGCCUCUGUGUCCGAGAGUCCACAUUCCUAGAUCUUCUAAGUACUGUAAUACUCAUUUAAAAAAAAAAAAUCCAUGUAUAAUUGAACCUGCACUGUUCAAACCCCUGUUGCUCCAGAGUCAACUGUAUCACUAGUCUCGAGUGUCAGGUGGUGCACAAAAGCUCUGCCAUGUUUACAGCUUGUAUAGAAUCACAGUUGUUGAGAAAAACAAACAGUAAUAUCUAAAUUAAUUUCAAAAUACAGGCCUAUUUUCUGUUCCCAUGAUUAAUCUGCAAAAGAUUACUGGAAAUUAUUUAUAGAGAAAAGAAAGCAAAAUCCCAAGUGUCGAGGAAGGACAUUAUAUGAGAAACAAACAGGUCCCUAUGAUUUUUUUUUUUCCUUUGGGAAGGAUGUCAUUACUCCUUUUCAGUAAUCAGUUUUCUUUUUUUGCCUUUGGGUUAUUUUCCUGUGUGAACGAUUCUCUUUUGGUUUUCUUUGGCAUUAUAAAGCUUUGAUAUUGUACAAAGUCAGUAACAGGAUGCUUAGCAUUCUGGGAGAUGAAUGCCAGAAAUGGUUAAUUACACAUAUUCAUGAUUCUGUUAAUAAGCACACUGUCAGAUCAGUAGUACCUGAGAUUAAAGAAGUUAGAGUACCCGA